UUUGUUAAUAGGUUUCAAAGCUAAAAGAGCAAUUAGAAGAUAUGCAGAGAAAGUAUGAUGAUCUUAAAGAAACACAAAUUGAAGACAUUGUUAAAAACCUACCCCCUCGUCAGAAAGAAGCUGUUCUAGCCUGCAUUUAUGCUGCAAAGGCCAAGUCUUCAAAUGGUGUACGAUAUACACAGCAAUGGGUGUAUGAAUGCACUCUCUUAAGAAUAAAACCUCCAGCCCUCUAUAGGAAAAUGAGGCGGGAUCAGACUCUAGUUUUUCCAUCUCCCCGAACACUUCAGAGGUACAUGAAAAGGCUCAAACCUGCCUAUGGCUUCCUUCCUGCUACUUUUGAACUACUGGGAAAAAAAAGUCAAGAAAUGGAAUUAGAUGAGCGCCAUGGUAAGUUAAUUCAACACACAUCAAAUAUUAAAAAUAAUUACCUACUUUUACUUAUUCUUAUUUUGUUUUCCACCCCUUCACAGGCUGUUUAUUACAAGAUGAAGUAUGUCUAACAGCUUGUUUGCAUUUUAACUGCAAUUUACUAAAAGUACAGGGGGUUGUAAACCUUGGAGAUGACACACCAGAGGAGCUAAAAGAUCAACCGGGUGAUCAUGCUCUUGUCUUUAUGUUCAAGCCCUGGAAAGGGCCUUGGUUCCAAACAGUGGGUGCAUUCCUCUCCAAAGGUGCAGUUAAAGGUCCUAUUCUAGGAAAACUUGCCCUCGAAGCAACUGGUUUGCUGGAAAAGGCUGGUUUCCAUAUUGAUAUGUGGGUCUGUGACGGGGCCUCUUGGAAUAGAAAUAUGUGGACCGAAAUGGGUCUCAGAAAUCCAUUUGCCUCAAAGAAAACAAAGAGAAAAAAAUCAACAGUUGUAGAUGUAGUAAGCAAUAGGGGCAAAACAAGUUUUAGUCACCUUUGUGACUCUGAAAGGAGAAUUUAUAUGUGCUCAGAUUUCCCUCAUUUAAUAAAAUCCCUUAAAAGUAGGAUUUUACCAAGCAAAGAAAAAGGAAAUGUCAAAGAUGUAAGUAGAGAGAGAGAUGUAUUUUUUUUUCUCCAGGGAGAAUAUUUUUUUAAUUGUAUUUGAUUUUACAGCUUGUUACACCUGAUGGCACUGUAAAAUUUUCUAAUUGAGAAUCAUUAUAUCAAGCUGACACUGCCAGGGAGAAACCAACCAAUACAACGUUGCUACAAAUUAACAAGAGACCAUCUUUACCCUCACAAUUACCAAACCAUGAAUGUGGGAAUGGCAUUCACAGUAAGCUACUCAUUGUGUUAAAAAAGGGGGAAUUAAAUAGGGAAAUGUAUAUCAAAUUUCUAAAUUUAUGCUGUUUUUUAGUU